UUAUUUAGAAAGUGGAUUUUUCAUCUGCUAGAUUAUUACGUCACAAAGCACUACGUGCUGAAGUUCAAAGGAGAGCUCUGCAUCUGUUACCUGACAUUUGAAGGUUAACAAUUAAACGUCGUGAACAUGUCGGCGUGGAACAAACUUCGUUCGUCUCAAGUAAUGUGUAAGUUGAAUAAAAUUACGAGGCGUGGAAUGGCCGAAUCAAAACCUGAUGCCAGUAUCAAACCUCAUACUGAAGCCACCUACACGUCCCCUAAUUCAACACUAGGAGAUGUUCACAAGGUUAGCAAUGUGGAGAGGUAUUUCCUUGUUUGGACGAAAAAAUUCAAGUCUACAAAAGAUGUUCCUGGCUAUGUAUCGAGAGACAUGAUGGAAAAGGCAAGAAACAUCAUUAGGAUAAGAGUUAACCUAUCUAUCAUUGCCAUCUGCUUGGUUGCCUUGCUGGCAGCUAAAAGUGGGAAAAAAGCCGCUGAGAGAGGAGAAACCCUCACAAAGCAUAACCUUCAGUGGCAUAAAGAUUACAAUGAUUCCCAAAUUUCUCAGCCACCCAAGUGAAAAAGUAAAAAUUAAAUUCGAGUGAUAACACUAAAAUCACUCAACUGGAAUCUAUCGUUGCAUAAACAAUUAGACAAUAAAAAUGGAAAUAUAUCAAAAGUCUUAA